AAAAAAGCAGCUCAAAUUGCAGUAAUGUAGAGGCUCGAAAACAAGUGGAGAAUCAGUAACCACAAUACCAAAAAUGCCACCGCAGUGAAGCUGCCUAGGAGUCAACAGAGGCUGAAUCCUCGUUUGGAGCACAGAAAUGUACCGUAUUUAUGUUUCUGUGAACAUCAGUAAAUCCCAGCCAAACAUAUUUUGUAAAGUAGAUGUCGCAAAGCUUUGAACCAAUACGUAGAACUUGGGUGUGUCUGUAGCCUGGCCUUACUUGACUUGGAUCUUGGGUUACAGGCACAUCACUUGAAACUUGUGACCUGCCAAAAUAAAAUGGUUUGGCCUCAGACACCUCCGAUUACUGAGACCAUGUUGGUGGGACCUGAUACGGUUGAUGACUACUUUAAAUCUUUUUUAUAUUCAUCACAUGUCCUAGUAUUCCAUCUUAUCUGCAUCCCCACUUGUGUAAACAGCACUAGAAGGUUAGACUGGUCUCUGUAAUAAUGCUAAUAAUAAUCAUGACGAUAAUCAGUGUUAGGGAAGCUGCUUUGAGAGAAAGCUACCAAUUACUUCACACUGGAAGAAGCUGAACGACAGCAAAGCUGCCCAAGGGAGAAAUCUAGUUUGGUUUACUAAAGCUACUCAAAAAAAAAGUAGUUCAAACUACCUCAACUACUAAAAAGUGAUCAAAUUUACAAUGUACAUGUCAUACAAAAUUAUAGCAAAAUAUGAUACAAAAAAGAUUGCAUGCCAGCAAAAAAAGCCACUUGAUGCCAUUUGAGUUUAUUGCAAAAAGUGCACCAAAUAACGUAAAAUAAAAUGAAAUGAAAUAAAAAAGUAAAAUAACCCCACCUUUCAUGGGAAUGUUAUGCUAGCUUUAGUUUUGUAUCCAAAGAUACGCUAAAUGUUGACGAGGGAAAAGGGAACAUUGCCAUUUUUCAAAAUUAUGUCUGCAUACUGAGGUUCCUUAACAGUGUUGUAAUUACAUAAAUUGAAAACUAUUGUCCCCCUGCCCAUAUUCCCUAAUGGCUGGCCUUCUUCUGACUAAGUGACGACUAAUACAUUUAACUUUAGUUAUAAAAACUAAACAUUGCCUGCAUGCCUUCACAGAAAACAGGAUGAAAGACAAGGGGUGUGGGGCUCAUCAAAGGGUCAAAGGGGGUUGAAUUACAGUAGAGAAGCAAUGGUAAAAUAAAAAUAAAUAAUUCUCUCUUUCCAUGCUGCCCAAAAUUGUUUGUAGUUUCAGUCUUUAACUACACAAAAUGGUAAACUACUUGAAUCACUAUGCAAAAAGGAAUGUAGCUGAACUACCAGCAAGCUACUGCAAAAAGUAGUGAAACUCCUAGAUUAAUUAAAUGUAGGUCUCAUCUCCUCAACACUUAUGAUAAUAAAAAGUUGUGCGUACAGUAUUGAUCAAUAAUUACUGAAUUUAAAUGGACAUUGCAGCUCCUCAGUUGUGACCACUGGAGGACAGUGAACACUCAUGAUGCUAAAUCAGGUCUAACAUGAAGAGUGGUCUCCAUAAGACAAAACUGAUAUUUAAAAAAAAAGCUUUAUUAAUUCAGUUGUUGUCAGUACUGCUGUUAUGAAUUUAUAAUGAGGUGUACAUAUUGAUAUUUAUAAUAGUUAUACUGAUGGUAAUCAUGUGUUACAAAUUUAAUGUAGUGUUGCAGUUCCUCCCUGUGACCACUAGGGGGCAGUGAACAGUCGCGUUUGUGAAUAAACUACAAGGCUGGUCUGAGCCAACGAAGAGUCUAAUUAUUUUAUUGUUAAAGAUAAAAUUCACAAUAGUAUUGACAUGAUUAAACCUAUCUAUGUGAUUCUCACAAAAGUAAAAAAACCUUUUGUAAUCUCUUUUCCAUUUUGCUGCCUUCAGGUGCUCCUCGUAAACUUUGCCUCGAGUGCAUAUGCCGUUUCCCACAAUCCCUUGCGGCACAACUGUACCACAUAUUUGAUUAAGGGGCAACACUGCUACGCCGGGAAUCUUGCCAAAAUUUCGAAAUAUUCAGCCUCCCCGUCGAGAUGAUGUGCGACACGACGAACCGAAGUUUCCGGGCGCAGUUAGCCGCCGUGCUGGACAAGCUAACGAAGGCGGCUCUGGUGGAAAUAGGCAACCUGGCUGACGAGUGCUCCUCCGUCCUUCACACCGAGAUAUCGCUGCACAAGACCGAGAACGAGGCGCUGAAGAAGAGGUGCUACUUACUGGAGGUCCAGCUGAGAGCAGCGAGGGAGGCGCAGACCUACCCUGCACAUGUCAACAGUGUCAGCAGCAGCCGACACCCUGCAGACGUCCCCAUUUCACAUCUGCUUCUUCCUCCAGAACAGCAGCAGCAGCCUGCUCCAGCCAUUGAUGGCGUUUUCGGAAAGGACUGGUGCAUGGAUCUGUGGAGAGAGGACAAACUCCCACCUCAAAGGAAAGAGGCAGUGGAGCCUGCUGCGAUGACGAGCAUGGUGCCACAGGGAAUAGACCUAAUGGAGCGAGAACCUGAUCUCAUCUUUGUUAAGGAGGAGACGUAUGAUGAUCCCAUUGGCCAGCAGAUGAGGCUCACAGAUAACAGAAAAGUGGCUGGAAUCUUUGACGAGGACAGCAUGCUUCACAGAUCUGUUGAUGAGCUGCAGCUUCACUCAGGUGAAUUAAACAACUAUCCCAUGACGGUUGACACUCAAACACAACAGCGCACGCAGCCAACCAUUAUGGACAAGCUGAUCGACGAUGCAACAAUGAGCACAAUGGUGGACAACACCAAUUCUUCCUCGGCCACCACAGAAUACUCAGACUACACGAACAAUAUCCACAUGAACGCAACCAAAGAACCCAACGUUCAGCCAAGACCCAUGAAACCCGCCAAACGGUUUGAGUGCUUAUUCUGCGGGAAGAUAUUCAACUAUCUGAGCAGUUUAAAAGUCCACAUCCGGCGACACUCCGGCGAGAAGCCGUUCAGCUGCACGGUGUGCGGGAAGCGCUUUGCUCAGAAGACGUACCUGAAGCUGCACCAGCGCGUUCACUCGGGGGAGAAGCCUUACAGCUGUCCGGACUGUGGCAAAAGUUUCUCCCAGAAAAGCUCUCUGAACAUACAUCUUCGAACGCACACCGGGGAGAAGCCUUACAGCUGUGUGGACUGUGGGAAAUGUUACGCAUACAAGUACGGUUUAAAUCACCACCAGUGUUUCAACUGAGAGAUCGAACCAUGCUGUCUGAUCUGAACUUCGAUGAACUCUUGUUGGCUCAAAAUGUGCCAGCACGUCUAUAGGAAAUGUGGAUGGAAACUGUAGAUUUGAAAUACUCUGUCUGCAUCAAAGGAAGGCUUGUUUUAUAGCCUGUAUGGUUAACGGUGCUGCUGUAAAAAUAUUAGUUUGUUUGACGUGUUUUUAGCUUUACUGCUGAUAGAAAUGUUGCUGCAGCCAAACAAGAGAACAGAGAAUAUCUGUCCCCUCUAAUGUAGAAUUAGAUUUGGUGGGAUUCAGUUUAUUUGACUGGUUGCGGGGGCACGUCAUUGUUGAAUUUAUGAUGCCCUCAACAAGCCUUGAAACUCAACUUCACGACACGUUGUGAUAGAUAAGAGUCACGGAUCUGAUGAGACUUAUUUGCUGUUUCCAUGUAAUGUGAGGUGCUCAUUGAAACUAAGGCAAAAAAUACUUCCAUUGUAUCCAGGGUUCCCACAUGGACAAAAUUUCAAAACUUUUUAUGACUUUUCUAGCACCCAUGAUGAUUCACAAUGUAGAACAUGAACAAGGCACCUUUUUGAAAAAUGCAGUACAAAUUCUAAGUAGUAGAUAUAGAAAAUUUGGGACUCAUGAUCCCACAUGUUAAAUAACAGCUUCACAUUAAAGAUAAACACUCAGUGUAGAAGUCCAUAGUAUAGGCAGCCAGUCCAAAAAUGCACCUGAGGCCCUCUGACUGUAGUUCAAAAUCUUUUAUUAGUACAUGGAUAACCACGAGUUUCGACUAGAGAGUCCUCAUCAGGGUGUAAAACAUGUGAGGGUCAUGUGACACAGGUCAGGUGAUAUAUUGGUUUAGCCCCACUAGACAAAAAACCACAUUGACAGAAAUGUGUGUCUUCAAGUGACUCUUUGCCCAUCCUUGAAGAGCACCUGAUUUUAUUUUAUUCUAACGACACAGCUUUUAACCCAGUGCAGCACUUCCUUUUUUCCUCCAACACUGUCACAUUAUUUGCCUCUUCCUCACUCUACAUAUCAGAUUCAAACUUUAGUCGCACAUAAUUCCAGCUAGCCAGCACAUGAGGAAGGGGAGGCAGAGUGUUAGGAAAAUAAGGAAGAAACAUAUGUGAUGGUAAACAUUGACAUAGAGCUGCUUUAUGUCAACAGCUACAGAAGAUAAAGUUGCCGUCAUGCUUCAUUACAUGGAGGGUUAUCCAUGAAAGAUUACUGUAACAAUUAAUUUAUUUUACACACAAUAUUCUAGGAGUUUUUCAAAAGUUUCAAGAUCCAUGACACUCCCAAGCCUGGAAAACGAGAUUGUAAAAUUCCAUGACUUUUCCAGGUUUUCAGUGACCGUGGGAAUCCUGUGGUGUCCAUCGCAUGUUGUCAUACGGCUGCCGAACAGAUAAUACAUACCUCAGUGUCAUAUUUCAUGCCACCAAAGGCCUGUGUCGAAUAAUGCCAAAAUACGUCGGACUACUGUUCCACUGUUUGCACACAUGUAGCAUAAACCUUCAAAUCUACCUCUUCACAACAGUGUGGAAGUAAAACAACCUCCUCUGUUUGCCUCAUUACCCAGCUCUCACCUCUGCUUUGUAUUUCACAUGUCAUGCCUAAUCUGUUGGCGUUUAAUUAAACAGAAAGAGGGCAGCUCUGUCUGUUUGUGAAACACAACUGUUAUGAAAUAUUGAUGUGUGUUGGUUACAUAAUCCUCAAAUGAGAUCCAGAAAUGGUGUUACUGUUAAAACUAAAUGUAUUUGUCUGGCUGCAUCAUAAUUGUAGAAAGAAAUGUUGUCAGUGUACAGUCAAGCCAAAUGUUCAUUAUUUUUUUUGUUUUAAUUUCUGUUUUAAGAAGUCGCAUAUAUUUUAUUAUGUAAUGAACUUUCAUCACACUUGAACAGAGCAGUUACUUCUACUAAGCACUUCCACCGAUCAGCCGUAACAUCAAAACUGCUGUGAGUGAAUGACAUUGGUAAUGUCCUGCUGGGAAACCUUGGGCCCUGGCAUUCAUGUGGAUGCAACUUGACACGCACCACCCACCCAAAUACCAUUGCGGGCCAAGUACACGCCCUCCCAGAUGGCAGUACCCCCCAUUCCCAAGCAUGACAGCGUGCUAUGCCACACCUCAAAAACUGCUCAGGAACAUGACAAAGAGCUCAAGGCAUCAAACUGACCUCCAAAUACCCCAGACCCCAACACAAAGUAGCAUCUGUGGAACGUGCCGGAAAAAGUCGAUCCAUGGAGGCCCUAACUUGCAACCCCCAGGACACCCUGGUGCCAGAUACCUAAGGAGGCCACAUGACGCAUGACCUCUGGGGUACCGGCAUGUCCCGCAGAUGCUCAAUCAGAUUUGGAUGUGGGGAAUCUGGAAGCCUGGUUGACACCUUAAGCUCUUUGUCACAUUCCUCAUGGCAUGCGUGAGCACUUUUUGCGGUCAUCUGGGAGUGCUGUUGCCAUGACGGGGUAUACUUGGGUCUGCCAUGGUGUUUAAAUAUGUGGCGGGUCAUCCAAAUGAAUGUGAGGACCUCAAGGUUGCCCAGCAGAACAUUGUAUUGCAACAAUCAAUGUUACUCACUUCACCUGUAAGUGGGUUUAAUGUCGUGGCUAAUUUUGUCUGUAAUAAUAUGAUUCCCUUGAAUGCACCACACUGACCUUGCCUAGUGAAUUAUGGCUGCCCAAGAAAGAAAUCUUGUGCUGUUGAUUUUCUUUCCCCCGU